GCUUGCUCUUCGCGUCACGCUCGGCUUUCGGGCUGCUACUUCCGGGUCAGAGGUCGGACGGUCCGGCGCGACGUGGGCCAUGGUGCAGCUCAGGCCACGCGCGUCCCGCGCUCCGGCGUCGGCGUCGGCGAUGGUGGACGAGGGCCAGCCCGCCUCGCAGGAGGCGGAGCACGGCCUGUUGCUCGGGCAGCCCAGCAGCGGCGCGGCCGCCGAACCCUUAGAGGAGGACGGGGACGGGGACGGGGACGAGUGGGACGACGAGGCCCCAGAGGAGCUGACUUUCGCCAGCGCCCAGGCGGAAGCGAGGGAAGAGGAGCGGCGAGUCCGGGAGACGGCGCGCAGGGAUAAAACACUCCUGAAGGAGAAGAGGAAGCGACGCGAGGAGCUGUUCAUUGAACAAAAGAAAAGGAAACUCCUUCCAGACACUGUUCUAGAGAAGUUAACUGCAGCUUCACAGACAGACAUAAAGAAAUCACCAGGAAAGUUAAAAGAAGAUAAUUUGCAGAAGAAAAAUGAAGAAUGUGAAAAAGGAAGUGAGUCCAAGAAAGUUAAAGAAAAAGUACAGUCUAUUGGCCAGAAUAAAAGCUACGUGGCUCGAAGGCUAAAGGAUCAAGAUCUGAGAGAUUCAAGGCAACAAGCAGCCAUAGCCUUCAUACAGAAUUCUUUGUAUGGUCCAGGAACCAACAGGACUACUGUAAAUAAGUUCCUGUCGCUUAACAAUAAGAGGUUACCAGUGAAAAAGGCUGCAGUCCAGUUUUUGAAUAAUGGUUGGGGAACCCAGAAAAAACAAAAUGCCAAGAGGUUUAAAAGACGGUGGAUGGUCAGAAAGAUGAAAACUUCUAAGAAGUAAAUCAAAGCUAAAUGAAGAAUGACAACUUUGUAUGUACGGAACUUACAGUUAUUUAGUUUAGAAGAUUAAUUUGUCUUUAAAAAUCUAAUAAAUCAUUUUAAAGGAU